ACGACUGGCAAUCAACCAGGAUGUUGCUUUCUGAUACAUUCAACAGCAGCGAGCUACUCAUCAAAGUUAUAAGUCCCGAGGGGCUCACAUUUUCAGCGUACUUCGCCGAAGACACGCUCCUCGAAGAAGUGAAGAACAGAGCUAUAGACUUCUUCUAUCCUAACGGGGAGACAGGUUCCGGCAGAUUCAAAAUCGUCCGAGUUUACGACAUGUCGACUCUGCAUGAUUUCCUAACGUUGUCCCAAGAGCAGGUCACUAUGCAAGAGGAGUUAUUGUUGGUUGAAAGACGGAUACCUGAAGCGAGCACGCUGUGGGACCUUGGGUCUGUUAGGGCUCCGCUUCACGGAGCUAUAGCUGCGGCUACCGCGUCGUUGCCAGCUCCUCAGAACACCAUGCGACAGCCAAACCUACAAUCGUUACUUUCAACAAACGAACUGUCUUACGAGCUGAGAAAAAUACUGAUAUCCUUGAUAGAAGCUGGCGCUAGAUUGGCAGCGGCCGGGAGGAACUAUGAGAUGUCUCUAGCCCAACUCUCAGCCGCCCUGGACGAACCUAGGAGGCUAAACCAGACCGUCAUACAGGUCAUAACUCCAGAGGAAAUAGCCGCUCGAUUCCACGCCAAUGAAGACACCGGUUCGGAAGCCGCGUCCUCAAUCAGAUCGGACGGACACGAUUCGUACAAACGCGCUGAGCAUUUGCAGAGGUUUUUGGAGAAAUUCCGCGCUUGGAGAAUUAAGAUAGCAGAAUCGCCUACCCCAGAAGCGAUCAGCGCUUUGAAAGAUUUAGGAUUUACUUUCGAAGAGGCUGAGAAAGCUCUCAGGUCGACAGGCUGUAACGUGCCCGCGGCGGCGUCGUAUUUGGUGGGAGAGCGGGGGUCGAGCGUUUUCGAGUUGAUCAAUGGGCUGCCCGACGGGCCCAUCUUGCAGACUUUGCUGAAGCAGCCUCAGAUACAACGAGGGUUGUUGAACACGAGGAUGCUCAUAGCCUUCAUCGCGAUGGUCGGGCAGACGGGGAGCGCGUCGUUGUGGUUGAACUCCCCUCACGGCAGCCCGCUACUGUCGCAGAUCUCCAGGACCUACCACUCGGAGAAGUAUUGCUUGGCUGUGAACCAGUUCUCCAACAUCAUUGAGGAGACGUCCCAACAAUCUGCGAAAGUCCCAAACAUGUUCUGGUCGGGCGGAGACGUGAUCCACGACAACGGCUUCGGCUGCUACGCGCAGAAAGGCAGGCUCGCGCCCAUCGGAGCUGACAACUUCCACUUCUCCCACUCAAUGCCUGGUCUGGUCUCGAUGCGGGUGACGGCAGACGACGAAAUGUGCGGUAUUUUUAACAUCACAUUCAAACCUAUGCCUCAGUUCGACCUCAAGAAUGUGGUCAUUGGACGGGUCAUACGUCCCUGCAGCCUGUUCUCGUCGCUCCGCUCGCUCGGCGCCCCGCUGUGCCCCGCCCCGCUCGUACAGAUCUCCGCAGCUCGUCUCCGAGGCCAGAGAUGAGAAAUACAAUCGAAAUUACUCGUGAGGGA